AUGGGAAAUAAAUGUGAUUAUCUGCCUUCAACAUUUUGGUCUGAAAAUGCUGAAAUUAUUUGCCCUGAGGAUUUAUAUAUGGAGAACCCUGAAUAUGGACUGAGAGACAUUGCAUUAAAAGUUGUCAGUUUUCUUAGACAGAACAAACAAGUGCUGAUUGAUGAUGAGUUGCGUUCCAGAUUAAUGAGGAAAAGUCUUCUAGAGACUCUAAAGAAAAAGGUUCCAUCGUGCAGAGUUAAGCUGGUACAGCUAAUUCCCAAGUAUGGCCUGUUGCAAGUUUUGUGGUCACUUCAGUGGGCACAAGCUGCAGGAAUGGUGAAGGCAACCUCUAAAGAUGAAGAGCACUUGAAACUCUGGUUCGAUUCAUCAUUGCACAAGAUUGACUACACUACAGGUUUUGUGGACGAACCUGAUGAGAAGGAGGGUUAUGUUAUUGAAACACUUUUUAUACCUUUACAAGUGAAGAGCCAUUUCAGAAUGGCUAUCCCAGCCCUCUUUUUUCAAUGGGAAUGUGCCAUGAAUGAGAUCGAGGAACUAAAUUCACAAGUGACAACAUUAUGCAGUCUUUGGUCAGCACAAAAUCCUCAUGGAUGUAUCCUGUUCAUCUGUGAUGGAAGGAACAUAGCUAAAGGAAUUAUACCAGUGGCUGAAGAAACAAACAAUGUUGUGAGAAUAUUGAAGCAACUUUCAGUAAAAAUCAAUCACACAGUUUAUGCCUUACAGCUACAUGCUGCCUCAAGUACUAGACAUUUCUGUAUACCUCCACAACCAGGGAUCCUUGCAUUUCUGCAGUUACGCCACCUUUUAAAUUUACACUCAAAGAGCACCUGCUAUGUAUUUGAUGAUAUUACCCAUAUGAAAAUGGCAGAGGCAGCAGGAAUGAGGCAUGCAAAGAUAACAGCCGUGUUGAAGUCACCUGGUAUGGUGCUGAAGGGCUGUGGUUCAAAUCCAUCUGUGCCUGCCAUGUUAAAGAGCAUGGUAGUGGAGAAACCCGGGUCAGGAUGCAAGAACUUAUCACAGACUCCAACUGUACCAACCUUUGAUUGUCACCUUGAUAUCAAAGAUGGACAUGCAUCCCACAGAUUUGAGAAUGGACUAGAAGAACACGUGUUUGUGAAGGAUAUGCAAAGCUUCCACCGCUAUCAAGAAAAAUAUGCACAGCAUAUAACACCAAUAGAGCAUUCAGAAAACAAGUUCAUUAGCAUGGAACCCUUGCAACAGUGUGAAAGCACAAAGACAGAGAAAGUACCUGCUCAUGUUACUAGAUCCUCAAGUGAGGACAGCACAGAUGUUGACAUUCCACACUGGAUGAGGAGAAAGAAGCCAAGAUUGCCAUCCGAUUCUGAGAGCGUUACCGUGUGUCCACAGAAAACUGUAAGCAAAAACUUGGCCAAAAGUAGCAGGUCCUACCAGACAGUCUAUAUCAUGUCAGAGAAGGAAGUUUUAGAGAUGGCUCAACAAGUUUUACAAGAGGUAGGCACAGACAUAAUCACUGCAGAAGCUCAACAAACAGAACACAAGCCUUGCUGA